CUUCAGCUUCCCUCGCUCAUCAGGGUCAGCGUCUACUUUAAUAAAACUUACUGCUUCUUAUUUAUACUACAAUUAAUACAAUGUUAGCAGCAUUAGUUGGCAUCGUGAAUGAUAUUGCGAAUGGUGUUGCCCUAGGACCACAGAAUCGAAAGGUGAAGAAAUAUCUCGAUGACGCUACAUGCGACUCAGUUAUUCAAGACCUUAGCAAAGUACUUUCGCCGCAACUGAGCGGGCUCAAGGAGCGAGAAUACUUGAGAACUAUAUUUUACAAGCACUGCAUCGAGGGCUUAUCCCAGCAGAAAUACUGGAAUGAAGAAAGCUUCACAAGGCAUGUGAGAAGCACCCAUUCCGAAGCUGCAAUCUCUUCCGCCGCGCUCCAGCUUCUUUGGAGAAGUUUCCAUUUCUACGCCCAUCAUCCAUUUCGCCGGGACUCCCAACACGGACAGUUCGAUUUUGACGCCUUCCAACGCGCCGUCUUGCUCACAGCCUUCCAAUGCGACGACCUCCUCGGUAGGCGGGAACUUGACUGGUUCUGGCGCAACGAUGCGGCAUUCUUCCGCAGAGCUAGUUUUGAACGAAUGUUUCGAAGCAUUGAGGUCCCAGAGACUACAACUCAGCUGUUAAAGGAGCAAAAUGACAUUAAUUCUGCGUUGAGUGAUGCUAUGGAUGUUUUGAUCGUGGUUGUGCCUCAAUUUAUGCACGCGGCUCCGUCGCCAGAACAGCUUGAGGUUGUGGCGCCGAACCUGUUUGCUAGGGAGCCUAUCUUGACGCAAAGAGAAUUGAGGCGGGAAGAUGUAUCGAUCUUGAUGGAUUUGUUGCUGCGAAUGAGAUUGAGCGAAGAGAAAUGGGGCUUGGUUUACCACUUGGGCGAUUGUGUGGAUGCUAGUCCGGCAGACAAAGAGUUGACUGAGGCGUUAGUUAACAGCCUAACAGGGGAUGGCAGCGAGAAAAUCGUCACAUAUGACCAGCUUCUUCUAGCAAUAGACACAGUGGUCAGUGUCUAUUCACAUUACAAGUACAUGAAGAGCAGCUUUUACUGAAACCUUCACAGCCUAACCUCCGGGUGGCAUUCUAUCAGCUAUGGGCUGUCUUGUUCCAACCUCCAGCACCCACCGCUGAGGCGAAAUUAUCUAGAGCACUUGAAGCUAUGCCAACUAAUAUCAAUGGAGGCGUCUGGUCGAUCUAGAAAAAGAGCCACUGCUCCAAUGAACAUGGGCGAGAAACUGUCGAUAAACUCAUAUAUUUUAUAUACUACCAAGUAUUCUGUAUUAGUUCCGCCCACCCCUCCCCAUACCACCUCCGAUCAUUAUUUACUCAUUACUCAAUAAUAUAACGCCUUCUGCCAC